CUCUUAGGCGGUCUCUUAGGCGGGCGUCUGAACAGCUGCAAACCUUCCCGCAAAGGCCUGCACGCAUUCCUAGGCAAACACUCCGAAGGGGUGAUUUAAAGGAGCCCGAGUCUGCACUCUCAGGAAGGUGCUGGUUCCUUUCUGUCAUUUCAUCUCUGCCCUGAACCCUGCCCCUGGCUCUGUCGCAGGAUCCCGUGUCCUGUGACCGACCACGCAGAGCCACCAGGAAGUGAGGAGAAGAAAGGCGCCCUCCCGCCUCCGAUUCCCCCGGUUCUGCUGCCACCAACCGCAGAGUCACCGCUCACCACCCGCGGGCGCUUGCCGUCGCCGCCGCCUCCGGAUUCCAGAGGCGGAGAGCCCGGGCGCAGAGCAGACAUGGACGUGAACCUCGCCCCGCUCCGAGCCUGGGACGACUUCUUCCCGGGCUCCGACCGCUUCGCCCGGCCAGACUUCAGGGACAUUUCCAAAUGGAACAACCGCGUGGUGAGCAACCUGCUCUACUACCAGACCAACUACCUGGUGGUGGCUGCCAUGAUGAUUUCAGUGGUGGGGUUCUUGAGCCCCUUCAACAUGAUCCUUGGGGGGAUUGUGGUGGUGCUCGUGUUCACAGGAUUUGUGUGGGCCGCCCACAAUAAAGACGUCCUCCGCCGGAUGAAGAAGCAGUACCCCACGACCUUUGUCAUGGUGGUCAUGGUGGCGAGCUACUUCCUCAUCUCCAUGUUUGGGGGGGUCAUGGUCUUCGUGUUCGGCAUCACUUUCCCUUUGUUGUUGAUGUUCAUCCACGCCUCGCUCAGGCUUCGCAACCUCAAGAACAAGCUGGAGAAUAAGAUGGAGGGAAUCGGCCUGAAGAGGACACCCAUGGGCAUCGUGCUGGACGCCCUGGAGCAGCAGGAGGAAAGCCUGGGCAAGCUCACUGACUAUCUCAGCAAAGCGAAGGAGUGACCGGCGGCCGGCGAGGGCUGCCGCAGAGCGCCGGGUGCAGCUGCCUCGUCCACACCCACUUUCUGUUUGUAUCUUUGAGAUGAGGGGGCACAUUCCACCCAGCAGCUGGCCCGCAUGCGUCUGCAGGCCAAACUGUUAACGCCUCUGUUGUUACAGAGAGAGGGCCCAGGAACCGAAAGGAACCCCCUCCCAGUCUGUCUGAACUUUCAACUAUGUUUAUGAAAACUGAUAGGAAAUGGAGCACACUUAUGUCUGUAGGGGAAUAAAAGAAAAUAUAGGAAUUGAUUGUACAGCCACAAAACAGUUAUAGGGAAAAAAAGCAACUGUAGAGUUCAAGGCAAUGAGUAAAUGGAAAGACUGGUCGCGUAGAUAAUGACAUGCAUUAGCCUGUUCAAUCCCCCAGCAUCCUCCAAAUGUAUUCCCCAGAUUAUAUGUGGGCUAUAACUUAGUUUAGUGUUUAUUGUUUUAAAAUAAAAAAUGAUCUCUAUCCCUUUGCCUCCUGUUUGACAUGCAGAGGAAACUGGACAAACCAGUUGUUGAUAUUUUGUUUACAAAUAUAAAGAUAGCUGUUUCGGAGAAUAUUUUGUCGAAUUUUUGUAAUUUUUGAAGUGCUAGUCAUGUGUUUUUACCAGCAGGCAUUUGCUGCAAACUGAAUGUCAUCUUCCUUAAGGCACUCACAGCUGUGUACCCUGUCUUCUUCUUUAAAAAGUAAUAAACAAGUUAUGUCUCUA